CGAGAGAGAGAGAGAGAUGGAAUUUACAGGAGCUUUGAUGAUCAUUAUUGCCUCAAUGCUAGUGGGUUGUUCCUCUGCUUUGGAUGAAUCGGGAGUCAUUUACGUGGGAGGAAAAGUGCUUUGCCAGGACUGCACCAAGGGCUGGAACGAAUGGGUUAAUGAUGGAAAGCCUAUGAAAGGAGUUAAGGUGUCCCUAACAUGCAUGGACAAGAGAAGUAGGGUUGUGUAUUACACAAGUGAUACAACAGAUGAGUUGGGGCAGUACGAUUUGACUGUGAAAAAGUAUGUAUAUGGCAAGGAAUUGGAUACAAAAGGAUGUUCAGUGAGGUUGGUGUCGUCCCCAGAUAAUGUUUGCAACAUCCUCACUGACUUUGGUGGUGGAAAGUCUGGCGUCAAGCUCAACUACCCAACGUCAGUGUAUCGCAGUUUGAUCAAAUACGUGCUCAACCCUUUCUAUUACACCACUCCUAUGUGCGAUAAGCCCGACACUGACGGCUAUGAUUCUGAACCUAAAAAUCGCCAAGGACAAGGAGGCCAUUACUAAGUAAUGGGAAUGCUCUCUCUUGUUUCAAUAUAAAUUAUUAUUCUUGUUUCUCAUUUAUUAACUUUUCAAGAUAUGUGUAAUCAAGUUGUGCCCCAUUCGUACAUGAUGAAAAAUUCUUAUAUCUAUUUCUCCAUCAAAUUGAAUUUGUUAAACGCUAGUUUUCUUUUUCCAAAAGAAAGUUCAAUAUCUACUAUUUACAUAUAUAACAACACAAAUGCUGAGUCCGGCCGAACAUAAAAUGGGUUCUGAAAAACUUGUAGUUGCUCCCAAAGAAAAGAAAGUCAGCAUUUUUUACAUUUUACAACACAACAGUAAAUCCUAUAUCGGCGAUGAUGAUCUCAUAAGCUACAGCACACUUCAGAGUUCAUACAAAUAAAGUUGAAGAUAGCC